CAGCCUCUGAGGUGAAUUGUGAAAGAAACAGCAUAACACAACGGUUCCUGUUAAACCGAUUUAUAGCUGCAUAGCAAUAAACUGAGUGAUCCAGAUCUGGAGCUUUUCCAAUAGUGUGAUACCGCCAUUAAAACCUAAGUGUAGUUUCUAAUUGUGUAGUUCACAACAGAGUCAUAUCAGAAAUCCCAACAACUUUCAUAGCUGGGGAUAGACAGAUUAUGGCCAAGGUUACUUUCAAACAGUAGCAGCCUGAGGAAAGAAGAAUAUUGCAGAGGAGAAGACUGAGAUAUGCGCUAUUAGACUAGAAAGGAUUGAGGUAAUCUGACGGGACACUUGUGUUUGCACAACUGAAGUGGUGGAGAAGUAGAAUUGGAUGUUAUCUGCGUGUAAAGAAAAUCUGAUUCCAUGUUAGUGGAGGAUGUCACUGCGGCUUUCACUAACUCAGGCAAAUGACUGACUAAAAGUCUUGAGACCAAAACCAGUUCUGCUGUGCUUCAAGUAGAGCAUCUACAUGAUCACAUGACAUUUGAUAUGGAUUCGGUCCUGUCAGACUUUGUUCGCUCCACUGGGGCAGAACCUGGUCUGGCAAGAGACCUGCUGGAAGGUAAAAACUGGGAUCUAAGUGCAGCACUGAAUGACUUUGAACAACUUCGACAAGUUCAUACUGGGAACCUACCUUGUGUGUUCAAUGAAGGAAGCUUCUACAGGCAGCAAGACCAAGAACUGUCCGAUCAAAUGAAAGCAUCUGAGCAGAGACAGGAUGAGUUUGCUCAAGAAAAACGUCUUUCCCGAGGAAUUUCUCAUGCAAGUUCAGCCAUAGUGUCCCUUGCUCGAUCACAGGUAGCAAACGAAUGCAAUAAUGAGCAGUUUCCUUUAGAGAUGCCCAUUUAUACAUUCCAGCUGCCUGAUUUAAAUGUGUACAGUGAAGAUUUCCGAAGCUUUAUUGAACGGGAUUUGAUUGAACAGUCAACAAUGGUAGCCUUGGAACAGGCAGGUCGACUAAAUUGGUGGUCUGUUGUUUGUUCAAGUUGCAAACGGCUUCUCCCACUAGCAACAACAGGAGAUGGAAACUGUCUCUUACAUGCAGCCUCCUUAGGUAUGUGGGGUUUCCAUGAUAGAGACCUGAUUCUUCGUAAAGCUCUUUAUACUAUGAUGAAAAGCAGCACCGAAAGAGAUGCAUUGAAGCGACGGUGGAGAUGGCAACUGACACAGCAAAAUAAGGAGUCUGGUUUGGUUUACACUGAAGAGGAGUGGGAGCGUGAGUGGAAUGAGCUCCUUAAGCUUGCUUCCAGUGAGCCUCGCACACAUUACAGUAAGAAUACAGGCAGCAGUGGUGGUGUGGAUAAUUCAGAGGAUCCUGUUUAUGAAAGUUUAGAGGAGUUCCAUGUCUUUGUUUUGGCUCAUGUAUUACGAAGACCAAUUGUUGUUGUCGCAGAUACAAUGCUAAGGGAUUCAGGAGGUGAAGCAUUUGCACCAAUACCUUUUGGAGGGAUUUACUUACCUUUGGAAGUACCCCCUAACAGAUGUCACUGCUCACCUUUAGUCUUAGCCUAUGAUCAGGCCCAUUUCUCUGCACUGGUUUCUAUGGAACAGAAUGAUCAACAACAGGAACAAGCUGCAAUUCCCUUGACCGACUCUGAACACAAACUGCUACCUUUGCACUUUGCAAUGGAUCCCAAGAAAGAUUGGGAGUGGGGAAAGGAUGACAAUGACAACACCAAGUUGGCCAAUUUAGUCCUUUCCCUGGAAGCCAAACUUCACCUACUGCAUAACUAUAUGAAUGUAUCCUGGAUCUGUAUUCCUGCUGAAACUAGGGCACCUUUGGCCCAGCCAGAAUCACCAACUGGUUCAGUAGGGGAAGAUGCCCAUUCACUGUCUGAUUCUGAGUCAGACAGAGACUCCAUCUGCAGCAACUCUAAUCUGAAUGGAAACAAAAACCAGAAAGAGAAAGAUAAAGGAGAUAAACAAAAGAAGGAAAAGAAUAGGACAGACUCUGUUGCAAACAAACUCGGGAGCUUUAGUAAAACCCUGGGGACUAAACUAAAGAAGAACAUGGGAGGAUUCGGAGGAUUAGUGCAUGGAAGAAUCAGCAAAGGAAAUUCAAGCAAUGGGCGCAAUGGGGAGAAUGUGGAGAAAGGCAAGAAAAAAGAAUCCAAUAAAUCUAAUAAAGGGAGUAAAGAUGAGUCAUUGCAAUCAAGUUCAUCACCUACUGACAAGUCAAAUAUUACCUCUGUUAAAGCUCCAGCAGAUAAACCAGCUGAUCAGUGCAAGUACAGCACUGAUGUCAAACUCAGCCUCAGCAUAUUGAGAGCUGCUAUGCAAGGAGAGAGGAAGUUCAUUUUUGCUGGACUUCUGUUGACUAGCCAUAGGCAUCAGUUUCACGAGGAAAUGAUUAAUUAUUACUUGACUACUGCUCAGGAACGCUUCAAUGCAGAGCAGGAGCAAAAACGCAAAGAGGCAGAGAAAAAAGCUUCCAGUAACUCCACAUGUAAAAAGAUGGAACAUGAACCGUCUGAGAGAAGCAAGGUAGAACCAAAUCCUCAGGUGGACACUCUACAAAGUUCUUUUCAAAGCCAUAUGGAUCAGAUGAACUCAAAAACACAAAGGAGGAGUGGUCAAGCAACAGAGACCAAUUCACCCCUCAGAAAUGAAAUCCCUAAGACCGGCACACUCACCUCUGCCCACUUUACACACACGCCAGCUUUGUUGCGGCAUGUCAUCCAUGUGUCUGAGAUUAAACCUCCAUCAUCAAACUGCCCAGUUGACAUUCAGCCACCUGUCAUUGGCUCCCUGAAAACAUGCGCAACAUAUCCGCAGCAUAGUCACUCACUGUCUUAUCAAAAUUACUGUCCUGUGGGUCUUUCAAGAUUCCCUACUGUAGAAACCAUGGAACCUCUGAAGCAUUUGCUGCCCCCUGAACAUAAAAGCCACACAUUUACCAAUGGGUUUGGUACAAGCGAUGUUAAUGGCUACUUGGAAUAUGCAGACGAGGGUGUUUCCUCGGUGUGGCAAAGUGGAGAGCAAACCAAAGGGCGAAUUAUGGCGGCUCCUCCCUAUUUCCUACAACAAAACCGAUGCAAACAGCACAACUGCCCCUUCUAUGGCAGUCCAGAGACAGAAUUUUACUGCUCUUACUGUUACAAAGAAGAGCUUCAGCGCAGGGAAAGAGGAAACAGGUCUAUUUAACGAAUUAUCUGAAAAAUGUCAUUCCAGUUUCUCGAUAUUAACCAAAUGCAUCACUCCAAAUGUUUUGAAGAAGCAAUUUAAGUUGAGCAUCCAUUUAUAGAUCUUUAUACCAUGAAGGGAAGUCUGUUCAUUACAUUUUCAAAGUCCUUGAGUUGCUCUACAAUCGGAUGUAUUCGAACGCGUUACAACUUCUGUUCGGAAUUGAUACUCCAGCCCUUAAUUCUUACUCAGUAACCUGGAGUAAUGUGAGACCUUUUCAUUUUGUUACUCCAUGGACUGUUACCAAAUAUUUGAUUAUAUUUCAACAACUGUUUUUUUUAAAUUACGCUACAGCAAAGUAAAUACCAGGAGAUAAUUUGCACAUUAGUUACCAAUGUAAAAGUGAUAUGGUGACAUAGAGCAGAAAAUAACCGUAUAUUUGUGUUUGUGAACUAGAAGAUGCAUUAUGACUGAAAUUUACAAGCAGAAGUUAAAAAUUGUAAUAUAGAA